ACAUAAGCCCGUUGUCGGUACUCGGCCGUGAAACUGCACUUAUCUCCGGUUAGUGACGCGAGGUGGAGUGUCCGAACCGCAACUUCUCUCCAGGUCUGGCUUGUGCGUGCUUCACAGAAUAUGGCAGAAGUACUUCGGUAUCCAUUUGCGUUACAUGGCUAUGAUAAGGGUACCCCUUUUCUGUACUCAAAGGACUCCCUCUCAAGCCUCAAAAGUAAAGUUGUUGUUAGUGAUGGAGGUUCUCUCAUUGCUUCAAGAACCAAAAAGAUGCCAUCUUUAAGAGUCAAUGGCCUCGAAAUGCCUAUUCCUAAGGGCUGGCUGGAGAUUCCUAGAGUAAAAUGUGUUAUUAGGGGCAAAGAAUCUAGCGUACAAUCUAAUACUGUCUGUGUUGAAUUUGAUUCAUCAUGUGGAGUGGAGAACGCCCCUGCUCAUAAUGAAAAAGAAGGAUCACCUGAAAAUUUGCUUCCUUUGAGGAGUUCAGUGUAUAAAGAAUUACAUGUUAGGGCUGGGGAUGCUAAUCUAAGUGGAAGUAAGGUAUAUUACUUGGAUGAAAGAAAUGAAGAUGUAUUAUCGAAAAGGAUUUUGAAACUAUGUCGGCUAAACAAGGUUAGGAGUGCAUUAGCACUUUACAAAUCAAUGAUAUUUACAAGCAUCAAGCCUAAUUCACAUGCUUGCAAUUCCCUUCUUUCUUGCAUCUUAAGGAAUGGUGGUCUUGAUGAUGCUCUUGAGGUAUUUGAAUCCUUGAAGGAGGGUAAGAUGACUACUGCUCACACUUAUAGUUUAAUUCUCAAGGCAGUUGCUGAAGACCGGGGGAGUGAUGCUGCAUUGGAAUUGUUUGAGGAAAUACGUAAAUAUGACUGUGCUAGCAAUGGAUUUGAUAUCAUUGUCUAUAACACAAUGAUAUCAGCUUUUGGGAAACUAAACAAUUGGGUUCAUGCUGAGAAAUUUUGGAGAAUUUUGCAAAACAAAGGUAUUAUAGGAACAACAGUGACGUACAGCGUAUUAAUAUGCUUAUUUGUCCGCUGUGGUAAGAAUGAACUAGCUGUUGAUGCAUAUAGAGAGAUGGUUCAAAAUGGGUUAACGUCAGGAGUUGAUGUAAUGCAAGCAAUGAUUGGAGCAUGUAUGAAGGAGGGAAUCUUUGAUAUGGCAUUUUCUAUCUUUCAGAGUAUGUUGAACAGUGGCCUAAAGCCAAAUGCAAAAACAUGCAAUGCAGUGAUUAACUUACUUGGGAAAGCUGGAAAACCCAAACUUGCAUUCAAGGUUUAUGAUCUCAUGAAAUCACUAGGUCAUGUGCCAGAUUCAUACACAUGGAACUCACUUCUUGGUGCCCUAAACCAUGCGAAUCGACAUGCUGAUGCACUUCAAUGCUUUGAGAGAAUCAGGAAACAGCAACCUGACAUCCUAAACUUUCAUAUAUACAAUACAAUUAUGAUAUCUUGCCAAAGACUUGGGUUGUGGGAAAAAUCAGUGGAACUACUAUGGGCGAUGGAGGCAUCCGGAGAUUCUGUUUCAACAUCCUCAUAUAAUCUUGUAAUUGGUGCUUGUGAAGUUGGAAGAAUGCCAAAGGUCGCAUUGCGAGUUUACAAACACAUGGUUGACCAGAAUUGUUCUCCUGACCUAUUCACUCUGCUGUCUCUGAUGAAAAGUUGCAUCUGGGGUUCCCUUUGGGAUGAAGUUGAGAAGAUAUUGAAUUGCUCUGCGCCAAAUGGAUUCUUGUACAAUGCUGCGAUUCAGGGGAUGUGUCUGAAAGGCAGGAUUGAUCUUGCUAGGAAGGUGUAUAUAAAGAUGCAUCAGAAUGGUCUCAAAGCUGAUGGUAAAACAAGGGCUCUAUUGCUGCAAAACUUACCGAAAGAUCUCAAGCGAUAACAAGUACCUGAUUGACAGUGGCAAAUCAGUUCCUUAUGCUAUUGACUGACAUAAUAUUGUUCUUCCUAUCUGUGACCAAUACGGUUGCAGGCAACGUAUGUGCUUUCUAUAUGUGUCAAGUUACAUGCCACAAUAAGUUAAGUAAGGCUGGACCCUCUCUUUGAGCCAGUGAGGAUUGUCAGAGGAGAUCAGUGAUUGCAGCCCAUGAGUUUUCUAUAUCCACUAUAUGUCCUGAGGCUUGAUGGAUUUUUGUUAUUUGCUUAUUAGCCGGCAAUAGUAAAUAAGCAUGAGGAUGAUAUUCACAGUUUGCUGUUGGAGAAAACCAACAAUGAGCAACAGAGAUCUGCUGCAAGUUCUGAAAAUUGUUCAGCUCCACAGUGUUAUGGAAAAUGAAAAGGUGAUUGGAGGUAUGGGCAAUUGGGCAUGCUAUAAAAAAUCUUGUUGAUUGACAAGUUCAACACUAUUCAGAACUAAUUAAAGUAUGCAUGCAUCUAGUAACGCAUAAGCACAUAAAUUUCUAUCUAGAACCACAUUUCUAUAUUGACUAUCAACAACACAAACAUUUGAGCAUAUUCUGUUUUCUUUAAAAGAUUGAUUUUCAUUUUUUUACAAUUGGCUAUAACUUUAAAAAUGCUCAUAUGCUAGUCUUUUAGUAGUUGCACUCCAUGUUCUUUUACUUCGUGCAUCUGCAUACAUGAUACAUGUCCAACUUUUCUCUUUUUUCCAAAUCAAACAUUUUGUUGGAAGGAAUGCAUUCUGUUUUUGUUGCAGCUUCAUCCGUUGCAGUGACACAAUAUAUUCUUACAGGAAAUUGGAGAAAUUACUACAGUGUUUGCAAGACAAGAACACAGUGAUUCAGUGUUCUUGUGAAGCUCACAUCGUUGGUGAAUAGCUGUAAAGCCAAAAACGUACUCCCUCCGGUUCUUUUUAAACUUCACACAAAUUAAGGAAAUAAAUUUGACUUUACUGUAGAGUACAUUGUUAGAGUACAUUGCUGUGGCACUGUUUGACCCUGUUUGGCACCGUUUUGAUGUAGAUAAUUUGCUAAAUAAGGAAGGGAGAAAAAGUGUGAAGUUUAUUUUGGACCUACCCAAAAAGGAAAGUGUGAAGUUUAUUUAGAACCGGAGGGAGUACAAAGUAUUAACAGGGUAUCAAACCAGUUUUAAACCAGAACAGAAACGGGUUGGGACCAAAACUAGAGAUGGCCCGGAAUUUUUGGGCCCGAGUUACGAGUAACCAUAUUGGGGGGACCAGGAACCUGCCAGUACGGAACAGGACUGGAACCAGGCCCUGCCCACCCAUAGUCUUCUCUCAGGAUUGGCCUCUGCAAGCUCAUCUUCAACAUUCUGCUAGAUUGUUCUCUGCACAGGCCCGGCUCCAUUGCUUGGGCCAUAACCAAGAUUCUCUAGGAAUUCUCCUCAGUGACAUGCAACUUCAUUUUCUGAUGGGUUUAUCACUGCUUUAGUCGCUACAGCUGGAUAACAGAGAACCACAGAAGUUGGAGACGAAAAUACAGGUAGUCAAUGGAUGCUAGGGAUGAAGUUGGUUUUGAUUCCGGACUGACCAAUUCUUCCAUUCUCUGUAACUGGGCUGGGAAACAGGUACAGUAUAGCUAUACAGGCCCGGGUCAGCUUAUUGCCUCCUGCCCCCGGGUCAGUCCCCGACCAACUUUUACUCUCUAAAAAACCAGGACUGGAACCAGAUCCGGGAGGCGGGAGCUGGUUCGGGCCUUCAUUGGAGGAACCAGAAGGGAGUUUGGCUUGUUCGCAGCACCAGUCCUGUUUUGGAACAAAAAAUACAGGUGCCCAAGCCGGUUAAAGCACCAACCAGUCCCGGUUCAAUUUCGAAACCAAGACUGAGUGCAUGCCCAGUGCAACCAUAAAAUAUCUGUAUGUUGAGUGUAUGGUUAAAAAUAUUUGUAUUUUUUUUUGGCUUGAGAAUAUGCUGGAAUAAAGCAAAAUGGCUCACUAAAAUGUCUGCGCUUCUUUGUUAUGAAGCAACAAAAUUUUGGACUCGAUUUUCACUAUGGGUCAUCCAGAAACAGUUUCUCUGUGAUUUAGUACAGGGGUAAGACUGCGUACAUCUGACCCCCCUUACCCUACCGUAGGUGGGAGACUUUGCGGCACUGGGGUAAUGAUGAUGAUGAUGAUGAUGAGUGCAUACCAAUAUGUUGUGCUCACAGCCAAGAAGCUGGGAUACUUUGUAUUCAUCAACCCUAUUGAUGAGUGAGCUGUUUGCUCUUGCAGACUCCACUAUUUUCUUUGUGGUUUCAUAGGACACCUUGUCUGGUAAGUCGUUGUCAUCUUGCAACCUGGAUCUCAGGUCCCUAAUGUCCUUAUAUAUCACUAACUAGGAGUCAAUAGUGAUUGUUUCAUGCUAGGACUUCCUUCUCGCAUGUUAAAUUGUUGGUUCCCACCAAUUCGUCCUCCACUAUGUCAUGCAUGGCUUUCAACAUGAAUUGUUCUACCAAUUUAUUCCAGGGCCUUGAUCAUGGCUCUUUUGGUUCCAAGCUCUAAUAUCUCUCUCUCUGCACUUGAUUGAGAUUCAUCCAAUGUGUUUGUGCAACUAAUUUGUGCAAUGCACUUCUAUUACAA